CCGAAUGGCUCAGUCCCUGCCGGAAUUUUGUCGCGAAUUUGUUUGCGGUGCAAAAAAGAGGAAUUUUUGAAGUGACAUUUUGUUUUGCGGGUUAGCGUUCAUACCGGGUAUGGUGUAUGGUUUUGAACGAGUUCCGGAAAAUAACGUCCCGGGUAGUCCAGACUGUAUCCCGAUGUAUUUGGUGACGACAUUCCACUAAACACAUCAAUUAUCGUUUCGCGCUGGUGACUGGAGACAUAUUGCGCGCGCGUGUUGAUUUCUCGGAUGUUAGAUACUUGACAUCAGCUCCACGAGGAACCCUGGAAGCCGUUUGGGUCCGUUAUCGGAUGUUGUUCAUCGUUUGGCAAAACACGGUCCCUGGCACACGAUUGCUGGAUUAGGUGAAACCGAUAGCAGAUAUCUGCCGUGGGAAGACCGUUAGUCGCCUUCGGGAAUUGGCCAGAGGUGGUUUAGAACAUCGUCUUAACCUAAAGCUAGAGCGACCUUUUGUUUGUUCGAUGUGUUCCUAAAUAAAUGUGACAACUGACCCAGAAGAAAGUGAAAAGCUUGGCUGACGCGUGACGCUCAUUUGUAAAAUGCUGCAAAGGCAGCUGGAACAGGAAACGACCGUCGACAAUUUGUGGAACUAUUUGACCUUCGUAGGGUUCGUGGUGAUCUCGGCCCUGAUACCGAUUCGAAAGCGACUAUGCAGCCGGAAGGUCAAAACCAAGCAGGACUACGUCUUCGGGGCCGGUCACAUUUCGACGCUGGCCAUGAUGUUGUCGAUCACCCGAGGGACGCUGGGCGUCAUUUCGGUGCUGGGAUACCCGAGCGAGUUCUUCUACCGGGGCACCGGGAUGUGGGAAACGCUGUACGGCAUGAUGACGGCCUACCCGAUCGUGUGCUUCGUCUUUAUUCCGGUGUACUUCGAUCUGGGCAUCACUUCCGUCUAUCAGUACCUGGAGCUGAGGUUCGAUAGCCGUCUGGUACGGUGUCUCGCGUCCGGGACCUACAUUAUGCGCACGCUACUCAGCUUGGGUGUCACCAUUUACACCCCGACGGUGGCGUUGAACUCCAUUAUCGGGGUUCCGUACUGGGCGUCGCUGCUCUGCAUCACAUUGAUCAGCAUUUUCUUCAAUGCGCUAGGCGGUAUGAAGGCGGCCGUUGCGGCGGAUGUCAUCCAGAGCCUCAGCAUGACCGGGAUGUUGGUGGGCAUCGUGAUCUACUGUACCGUGAUCACCGACGGUGGUUUCAAGCGGGUCAUCGAAAUAGGAGUUGAAAAUGGUCGCAUGAAUUUCUUCAACUUUGCGGCAGAUCUUCAUAUCCGUGUGACGACCACAUCGGCUUGGUUGGGAGAAUUGUUUAUGUCUCUCAGCCUUCUCGGGUGUCAGCAGAACUUUGUGCAGCGUUACUUAAGCAUGCCAUCGUUGGCCAAAAUUCGGAAAACAAUGUUGAUAAACAUUCCACUGGUGGCAGUCCUCUUUUCCCUUCCUUGGCUGGUGGGCAUGGGAAUCUAUGCCGUGUAUUACAAUUGUGAUCCUCUGAAGGUGGGGCUGAUCUCCAAAAUUGAUCAAAUCCUGCCAUUUUUUGUUGUAGACUAUUUCUCCAGUGCACCCGGAGCCUGGGGCUUGUUUGUGGGCACACUGUUCAACGGUGCCCUGACACUGAAUAUCUCGAAUAUAAACUCACUGGCAACGGUGACCUGGGAAGAUUUCCUAUCGUUGAUUCCCGGUUGGAAAACAUCCGACAGUUUCCAGCUUACGGUGAUAAAAGUGGUUGGAUCUUUCUACGCCGUCCUCAUAAUGGGAAUGGCAUUCCUGGUAGGAUUAUUUUCCGGAGUUAUCGAAUCCUCGGUGUUAGUAAUAUCGGCAACCUCGGGUCCCCUUCUCGGAGUCUUCAUACUGGCAAUGUUUGUUCCGUUUGCCAACUGGAAGGGGGCCGCUUUGGGCAUGGCUGUGUCCCACAUAUUAACCCUGUGGAUCGUGAUUGGACGAAUGAUGUACGCAGGCUUCUUCGAUUCUCUUGAUUUUUGCUCACUUUUUCUCAUCUGCUUGUUAAACGCCUAAGAGAAACAUGCUUUCUCACAUUGAAACUGAUCAAGCAGUCCACGUUUUGUUGCAGAGCAUUUCAAAAACGCAGUCACCCAAUUUCAUUCUCGAAGGGAGAAAUGUUCAUCAGCUUCUCAGUUACUGGCUGAGAAAUCAACGACCGAACAGAGACGCUUCGAUUGUGGUUUAUUUCAGCACUUGCUGGGGCCAAUGUUCCAUAGUUUCAUAUAGAAAGAGGACGGUUCAAUCCCACAUUAAAGCUGUCCACGUGAUUUGGUGAAACGAUCAAAUUUCAUAUGCGAUUUGCAUUUCUUUUUCUCUAAGGAGCGAUGAGAAUAGUAAAACUAUGCCCUUGCCUUCACUGAGCAAUUCAUUUCACUGAUCACACGUAGCGCUGAUGAGGUAUUUUCAGAGUCACAAACCAACAGUGCUCUGACAGUAGAAGAGUGAUCAUUCGUUAGAGAAAAAAUUUCUCUUGGCUCUCUCAGCAGCAGAUGAUGAAAUGCUCAUUUAAAAUCUCCUCACAAAUAUUAGGAGCGAAAAAGUUCACCGUCUCCUUUUGGGCAAGAUGAGCAAAAUGAAGCCUGGAUGUACGUCACAACGGGCGGUGAACUCUUGUCGACUUCCGUCCAAGGCUGUCCUGCGGAUCUUUCCUUUAUCGCCAACACGACAACGUCAGCCGCCCUACAACUAAGUACAAAUCUAUCAGCCUCGCAAGAAGAUUCGUUCCUAUAUCAGAUGUACUCCAUCUCCUACAUGUACUACGGAGUAUUCGGCACCAUAUUGACAGUAGCCGUAGGUUUAGUUUUUAGUUUGGCCACCUGGACCAAUGCGGAUCCGUGCAAUACCAAAAUGUUGCACCCGGCGGUGCGGUGGCUCAGCUCCCGGUCACUGUUCGGUGGCAAGCGGAUGGGAUCAUUCGAUCUGGGGGGCAAAGCACAGCCCAAGGCACAGCUGGCCACCCCAGGGACCGAUGCAACAGUGGCCGGGAAAAUUUCCGACAAAAGCUGACAGAACAACUCGUAGAUUUAAGUUACCGAUUAAUAAAGUUAUUGUUUUUUAAGAAA